CAUAGUUUGUGGAGGAAGUUAAGUAACAGUUAAGAAUGACUGUUUAUUCGUAUAUUUUCGGUGUGAUUAUAGCGUUUGUGUCUUAUGUGGUGUAUCAGAAAUAUACUAAUGGUUAUACUAGUAUUAUAGUCCAGCCUCAUAAAAGAUAUGAUUAUGUUAUAGUAGGCGCAGGGACAGCGGGUUGCGUGCUAGCCGCGCGGCUUUCAGAGAACCCAAGGACCAAAGUGUUGCUCUUAGAAGCUGGUGAUCACAUGGGAUAUUUCACCAAGAUACCGCUAACUCCAACUGCUGCUCAGCUCGGGCCAAAUGACUGGUCUGUCAGGACCACGCCACAGAAGUACUCGUCGUUUGGACUCUGGGAUCAGACACAAAUUCUACCUCGAGGCAAAGGACUGGGAGGUUCCGGUCAAAUCAACUUCCUGCUCCACGGUCUGGGUCUUCCUCGAGACUACGACAACUGGGUCAGACGAGGAUUCGAAGGAUGGACAUUGAAAGACUUGCGGCCUUACUUCGUGAAGGCGUUUGGCAGUGUCAGGAGUGAAUUUGAUACUAAACAUUGUUCUCUGGAUGGAUAUUGUCCUGGGGCAAAGGCCGUCAUGAACUUGAAACAAGAUGAGGAAAAUAAUGAACUACAAAAAGUAUUCAAAGAAGCUUCUAGAAUUUUAUCUGAUAAGCAGACUGUCUUCAGGAAGGCGACAGCAACAAUCAAAAAUGGCGUAAGACACGUCGCCUUCGACGCGUAUUUAAAGCCUGCGUUAAAUAGAAAGAAUUUACACGUUAUGUUGAAAACUCAAGCGGUUUCGAUACGUUUUGAAAACAAGACUGCUUCAUCAGUGUACGUACUCCAGAAUCAUCGUGACCUCAACAAUAUAUUCGUUGAUAAGGAGAUUAUAUUAUCAGCUGGUUCCAUAAAGACUCCUCAGCUCUUGAUGCUGUCUGGUAUUGGCCCAAGAGAGUUGGUUAACAGGUUGCGCAUAAGGCUAGUUGCAGACAACAAACACGUGGGCAGGAAUCUACACGACCACAUGAACAUCCCGGUGUACGUCAGCAUCCGGAGGCCUAUCAGCAUCACCCUCGCCAAGGUGUUCAGCUUCACCACCGUCUGGGACUACCUGUGGAACAGUCGCGGUUUGUUCUCGUUCCCGCCCGUGGCAGGAGUGGAGUUCCAGGACACAUCAGCUCUCAUGCUCUUCUCGAUGGGAACAGCCAGUGAGAGGUUACUCAGAGAUUUGUCCAACUAUCACCCGCAGGUAUUCCGCGACACGUUUCCAUUCCACAACGACACCAGCAAAGAAGGGUUCAUGUUCCUAGCCACCUGCCUGCAGCCUCGUAGCAGAGGGACUGUCACUCUGAGAGAUUCCAGUACCUCUAUACCGCCAGUGGUGGACCCUAACUACUUGCAUCACUACUCGGAUGUUAAAUGUAUGGUGAGAGCAAUGCGUCGAGCUGAACUGAUGGUAGCCACGCAGCCCUUCAAAGACAUCGGAGCCAGGAUCCACUGGCCACGACCUGAACGGUGCCUCUCGCUCUGGAACUACACUAAGGUGGAUCAGACUGGUAUACAGCCGAAGCGAAAGAGGAAACUCAAACAACUGCACCUCGACCGACCUCUCAGGGAGGUGAAACCCAAAGAGAAAUCAAGUAAACCUAAGAGUCCGCCUGACGAGUACUUGGAGUGCCUGGUGAGAGAAGUGGCGGUGACUGGUCAUCACGCAGCCGGGACCUGCGCUGGUGGCAGCGUCGUUGAUGAUCAACUCAGAGUAAAAUCGGUAUCGCGUGUUCGUAUUAUGGAUGCAAGUGUGCUGCCGUCUCCUCUAUCACUGUAUCCUAAUUCUGUGCUGAUUGCCAUGGCAGAGCGAGCGGCCGACCUCAUAAAACAUGCCAAUAUUCACUAGACUAAUAAAUAUAUUUGUUGAGGA